UUCACAUUUGCACGCCGCUCAACGGCAUAUUUCGAAAUUUUGAACGCAAGGCGGAUGGAUAAUGAAAUUUUCGACAUCGCCUCAAGACUUUAACAAUUAGGUACAUUGAAACCCCGCAAAAAAUUGCGCCUAUUUCUGAAAAUCUGCCGAUUUUACUAAAAUUUCUAAUAAAGCGAUAACUAUUCCUGAAAAUUUUUCUAAUUUCUUGGAAUUCAAUUUUCGUGGCAAACUCAAACCGGCUUCGGCCGAAAUCGGUUCACUGCACGACAACUCCUCGUUCCUCCACGCUUCCAUCUUCCAUUUCCAAUGCGUCCUUUACGUUUACCUUUAGUAGUGUUGUAUGACAGCCAGUUUCACUGAUUAUUUAUGAACGGAUAAGCCGAAAUGCGUUGAAAAAUCAUCAAAUUAUCCACAGAAUGUUGGCGGAUUACGAGGAAGACGCCCAUUUUUGCAUCAAAUGCCACGUCACCGUCAUCGGUUUGGAUAAUUACAUCAAUCACAGGAAAACCGAAUGUUUGAAAAAUUUAAAUGAAACACCGAAAUCGCCUCUGCCUAGUCAACUUUUACCACCAGACGAAUCGUUUAAUUUGAAAGCCGAUGAUUUUUUCUCUUCCCUCGAGCUCAGAAGCAGUUCCAAAAAAUCCGAAGUCCAAUCCACGUCGGGAAAGAACUUCAGCGGUAUUUUAACCAGAAGCAAAACCACCGCUGUUAUUCAAGCAAAUGCAAUUAAAGACCCCGAACCGCAACAAUCAAAAUCGGGGAAAAACGUUUGGAUUGGUGGUCAUCAAUUAAAAGAAUUGGGUUAUGGAGACAAUCAAUCGAAACUUAUCACAGCCGUUAAUAACCUCGAAAGAAGGAAAGAAGAACCUCAGAGGCUCCAAGUUUACGACGACAGCGAUGAUGAUUCGGAUGAAUACGAUUACGAUGUUGACGAUAGCAGCAGUGAUGAUCAAGAUAGACCUCCUAGAAACCACACUGGUGGAAAAUGGAAACCUUCAUCUCCUAUACAAUGGACAAAAAACGACUGGCACGUUCCUCCACCCAACUUCACCGGAGGCAAGUGGAAGCCUAAACGACCAUCAACCCCAACUAGAGGAAAAUGUAAAGAAACAGAUGUCCCGCCUCCAUCUUUUACAGGCAGCAAAUGGGUCGCAUCAAAGAAACAUGACUCAGAUGUACCCCCACCCACUCACACCAAAGGUAAAUGGAAGCCAAAAGGCACCGAAGAAGAUGAACUACCACCAAGUUAUACUAAAGGAAAAUUCAAAGCUAAAACAGACAAUCAAUACCCUACUGGUGGUAAAGGCAAAUGGAAACCUCCUGAAAAUUUAGACGAAGAUGACCCACCGCCAAACUACACCAAAGGAAAAUGGAAACCAAGAAGCGAUGAAGAUCAAUAUUCGACUGGCGGUAAGGUGAAAUGGAAACCACAAAUAUUCCCGCCGCCCACCCAUACCAAAGGCAAGUGGAAACCUCGAACCGAAAACGAAGAUGAAGCUCCUGCGGCUAAUUACCCCAAAGACAAAAUGAAACCGAAAGCACUACCAUCGACUUCGAAACAAUCGCAGGAAAAACCCGAAGGAAAAUGGUUAGCCAAAAAACUAUGCCCUUCCGAAGAAACCAAUAAAAAAAUAACCGAUAACUCUCUGUUAAGAAAAUCCAGCGGAACCGUGCAGUAUUGGUGUAGCCCUUGCAACAGACGUUUAGCUUCAAAAAUAGUAUACGAACGGCACUUGAAGUCGGAAUUGCACUUCAAACGCACGUCUAAAGAUAGAGAAUUCGACGAAAGCGAUGAGUUGACUCUAUUUAGUCAAACAGGAAGAACCAAACCACCUGAACAUAUAUUUAGUAACCAAGACGCUGAGGCUACUAAGAGGAAGAGGAUAAGGAAGAAGCGGUUCGAGAAAUGCGAAGUAUGCCAUUCGAAAGUAAAGAAAUUUAUGAUCGGAAAGCACCUCAUAUCGCACUAUCAUUGUAGGAAAGGUGAUAUAAAAUCGGACGUAGCUAAAAAAAUGGUAUUGGAGAAUAUACAUGGCGUUGUUUUGGAAAGUCCCUUCCAAUGCAGCAUCUGCAAAUUCUAUUGUAACACGCAGGAAGAUUUUUUACAUCACUGGUUAUCUCCUGAACACGUUAACCGGCAAGCACCUGGCUAUUUUCUCUGCAUAUUAUGCAAAUAUCAAUCAUUUGAUUCUGAACAAAUGCACAAACAUCUGAUUUCAUCCGAACAUAUGGAGGUUGUGAUGGUAAUCAACAGAUCUGUACCGAUUGUAAUCAAGAAAAUCAGUCCGAUACGGUGCUCAGUUUGCGGUCAAGAAUUUCUGCUCAACAUACAAUUACUAAGCCAUUGCAGGAAAUUCGGUCACGACAUUACUCAAACACAAACCUUUCUCAACACUCACGUAUGUAACGUCUGCGGCUUGGGCCUCCUAUCCGAUGAAAGUCUUCGAAGGCACAAGAAGAUGGUCCACAAACACAAAUACUACAUUUGCUCGAUUUGCAAUUUAAAAUUCGACAAUAUUACCGAGGCUAAGUUACACAGAACUACUUUAGAGCAUAAGUACACCAGCAAGAGGAAACGCAACGGAGCUGGUCCAUUGAAAAAGUGCCAGUAUUGUGAUGCCGGUUUCUCCAAUUUUCUUCUGCUUAAAGAACAUCUCAAGAGUGUACACCCAGAAGAAAAAUCCAGAUGUCCCCACUGCGGAGAAACUUUCACCGUAGCCCAGGAGUUGACGAACCAUCUACGCUUGAAACUCUGUAAAUUCGAAGCUCCUUUGGAAGCACCCGAAAGCAUUCUUCAAUGCGAAAGGUGCCCGUUCUUCUCAUCGUCCGUGUCGGAACUACUCUUUCACUUGGCCCUUCACGAGGAGCCGCAAACCAUCGUCCAAGAACCGACGACCAGCACUCGCAUGAAGAUGAUGGUGAAAUUCAAGUGCCCCGUUUGCGAAAAGUUGUUCCCCAAAGGAUCCCUCCAAGGGCACAUCAGGCAACAUACCGAGGAGCGACCCUUCGAAUGCGAAAUUUGCGGAAAGUCCUUCGCCAGGAAGAACAAUCUGCAGUACCACGUGCGCAAUCACGAGAAGAGCGAAAAGGCCAAAGUUAAAAGCGUCGCUGCAGAGCAGUCGUUUUUGUGUUACAUAUGCGGAGCUAAUUUCAAGAAGAGGGCGAUCCUUCAGCAGCACAUGCAAAUCCACACGGGAAAACUGUGCAAAUGUCCGCAUCAAGGAUGCAUUUUCGUAGGAAGAAAGAUGGCCGAGCUGAAGGAGCAUUUUCUUAUUCAUUUGGAUGAAAAGAACUUCGCUUGCAACACCUGCGAUUACAAAGGGAAGACGAAGUCCUGUUUGAUAAGGCAUAUGACAAUGCACAAAGAAACGAAAAAACUGAAUUGUCCGCAAUGUUUGUUCACCACAAGAAACCCGCAGCAUUUGAAAAGGCAUCUACGAACGCAUACAGGAGCUAAGCCUUACAGCUGUCCUCAUUGCGACUACAAAUGCAGUAAUUUAGAAAACCUUCGAAAGCACGUCAUCUCCACUAACAAGCACGUGGGAAAGUAUCUGUACGAGUGCAGAUUUUGCGAAGAACUCGCCAGCCCGUUUCAGACGAAUUUCGCCAAAGAAUUCAAAGCUCACUUGGUGACGGAACAUUCAGACAUGUUCGCGAACAACACAGACGCCACCUCCUACAUUGCAGGCAUUUACGACGGCCAAGACGACACCAAGCACGUUUUUGUCGAGCAACACAAUUGCAGCGAAAUGGAUCAAUCGCUGGCACCUGCAGAAGAGCCCAACGAAAACAUACUCGUGCUAAACACCGACGCCGAUCCGAUCGUUUGUCAAGCCGACGUGUCCGCGACGUCGAAAGAAAUCGAGAAUUUGCAGGAUUCCUGGAGCUUAGUGGGUAGAUACGACGUGGAAGAAGCUUCGGGUACUCUGAUACCGUUCGAAAGCGACAGCGAGAGCUUAUUUCAAGAGCACUUUUGAAGAACAAAAAAAUCCCCCGUUACGACCCUGGAUAAUUCCUAUCUGCCUUUCCGUUUCCAAGUAUACGUAUAUACGCUUACAUGCCUAUCGUCCAAUUGAUGAAUAAAGCCCCGGGGGGCCAUGAUGAAGAACUCGAAGGCAUAAAUAACCAAACCACUCAGCUUGAGGCUGACCUGAGUUAUUUCUUCUUAUUCGUCGAUUCUUAUUCAUUAUUCCGUUGUUCUGUCAAUCAAGCUCGCAGUGGCUCCCAUCCUUCUGCCAACCCGUUCGGGCACCAACAAAAUGGCUGCUAAAUUCCUUUUCUAUAUAUCUACCUAAUCUUUCCACUACUGAAUGUUUAUGUUGAUUUUGUCUCAUCCUGAAUUUACAAUUCUGCAGGUGAGUUUAAUUUUUGCGUGUUACGAUGUUGUGGUGAAAGUAAUUAUUCAGUUAAUAAAGGAUUUUUUU